AUGAAAUUGACAGAUGUCCUUCACAUUAGAAAAAUUGUUCCUUUUAUGCCGUGUGACCGAUGGUUCCGGAAAGACAAUAUGAUGAAAUUCGCCUUCCUUUUCCAAGGUCGUACAGCUCGAUGUCCCAAGCUAGGCACCAACCGCGUUAUCAAGGCUUUCCAGCUCAUGAAAGACUUAAGAAAGGUUCGGAAAUCGGAAAUGAAAUCCUUAUGGACGGAGCGACUGAAAAUAGCCAGUGAACAGUGUGGUCUCCCCAGUGCUCAUGCAUUGUGUGAAGGCUUAGCCCAAUCAAAUAUCGCUCUUAAUAAAAACAUACUACAAAUUUUGUCUAUUUAUGAGCCUCGAACUUUCUCAGCUUUGGUGGACUUAUCCAAACAAUACCACAUUGAAAAAGGUGUAUCUAUUUCCAAUAUGUCUUCACCUCAAACUGUUAUUACCGGAGGGUUGCUGACUUCGCCUGUUGUUCCGGGAAAUAGAAAGUUGUAUGAGUAA